AUGGUCAUAGUUGCAGGCAACUUCAAUGCCAAGUCUCUGGAGUGUGGAGACCAUCGCGAAGACUCGAAGAGACAUGCCCUGACGGACUCGGCAGCCAGUCUCUGCCUCAUCUCAUGCAAUCGCGGAGAUAAGCCGACCUUCUCGAGAAUAUACAAUGGGGGUGUAUCAAGGUCACAUAUCGAUAUCACAUUCGUUUCCGGAAGCAUAGUACAACAAAUAAACGAAUGGAAGGUCUUGGACGAGUUCACUCACUCUCUUCACAGAUACAUAUCCUUCGAAAUAUCAUCAAUGGCCAACAAGCCAGCUCAACAGGACAUUACCGUUAGAUGGGAAUGGAGAAAGUACAACCAAGCCAAACUGUGA